AUGUCAAGAUCCAAUCAAAGAGGUCGGACCAAUACAUCCACUGGUACGGACACCUCAAAGAAGUGUACUAUCCAUUGGGAGGGGGUCCGUAGCGCUCGUACUGAACACCUACUUACGUGGUGCAAGGAAAACGAAGACGCACGCAUCAAGCUCUUCUCCGAUUCUGCAAAGGAUGCCAAGGAGCAAGGUCGGAAGAAGAAGCAGAGUGGUACUUCGAGAGAUGUUGUCUAUUCACAGGUCGCACAAGCUGUAUUUUCGAACGACGAGGAUCUGGAGGUUUAA